AUGGCCGCCUGCGUACAGGCAGCAGCCACCGCCGUUCGCGACCCCAGCGCCGUGCUACCGACCCGCAACAACAGGGCGGGCAUCGCCAUCGGGACCACCGAUGACUACGAGGAGACGUGCUGCCUCGGGAUGGGCGCCUUCGGCGCCAUCGUCGUCAAGGCGCGGCACCGCUCCACCGGCCAGACCGUCGCAAUCAAGCGCCUCGCCGCCGCGGACUUCUGCAGCCAGAUGAAACUGCUGCGGGAGGCGUGCUUACUGGAGGAGAGCGGCCGUGACAACCCGUUCGUCGUCGGCUUCCACAGCUUCGCCCGCAACCCGGCCACCAUGGACCUCUCCCUCGUCAUGGAGUGCGUCGGCCCGAGCCUCCACGACCUCCUCCACCAGCACCGCUGCGCUGGGAUGCCGCCGCCACCCGAGGCGAUCCCCGCCGGCACGCUGUGGUACAUGGCGCCCGAGAUGUUGUUGGGGAAGCCCGACUACGACGCCCUCGUUGACACCUGGUCGCUGGGCUGCGUGAUGGCGGAGCUCAUCAAUGGGUCCCCUCUGUUCGUGCACACUAAUGCAGCAGGCCAGCUCGCCGCCAUCUUCGACGUCCUCGGCGUGCCAGAUGAAACGACGUGGCCGUGGUUCUCGUCCACACCGUUCGCCACCCAGGUCCAGGUGAUAUACGUGAAGCGACGCAACCUACUGCGCGAGGUGUUCCCCAAGACGAAGCUGUCCGAGAAAGGAUUCCAGGUACUCAGCGGCCUGCUCACUUGCAACCCCGACAAACGGCUCACGGCAGCUGCCGCGCUCAAGCACCCAUGGUUCACCAAGAUGUAG